AGAAGCGACCGGCGAGGAGGAGAGAGGAUCAGCGGGACUGGACUGUCUUUAUUCCGGUGUGAGUGACCGGACGACAGCUUUACCGGGACGUUACCUCAUUUUUAUUUUAUUUUUAUUUUUUGAAAUUUCAAUUUACUCUAUUUUAAUAUUUUCUUAUAUCUUCUUGUUCAAUCUACUCCAGACUGCAGAGGAGACGCACGGAGUCGACUUAACAGAGGGUGAGCGACGUAAACACAGACUGAGAGAGAGAGAGAGAGAGAGAGAGAGAGAGAGAGAGAAGCUGUGAAGUGAAAAAUCCAAAAAUCCGUUAUUACAAAGGUUUAACGGUCUCCAACAAACCGACGAAGAUACCGUGAAUCUCCAGGAGUGUUUAACAACCACCAAACUCUGCCGAACCUGCGGGAAUGUUUUAUUGGAAUAAUUAGACUUUUCCGCCCUUUUAUUACCUGGGAUAUUUUUUCUUCUCUUGUAGUAGAAUUUACCCAAUCUCACCUGCACGAGGACAAGCGACCGGUGGGAAAGGAGGAGGGGGCAACAAAAAAAAAGAAAAAAGAAAAAAGAAGAAGGAGGCACAAGAGGAGAAAAGGAGAAGAAAUAAGCAAUUGACCGGAGAGGAAAGAAAGGAGGAGGAGGAGGGUGGGGAGAUCAUUUCAAUUUCUCUCGGAUGGGAUUCUUCUCUCACCCCGCUGAUGGAGGGAUGAAACCGGGAGAAAGAGACGGGGGAGAGAGAGAAAGAGAGAGGAGGGAGAAGAGGAGGAUGUAGUCGUCGGGCGCUGUGAGAAUGCAAAACGGACGCACCCCUCUGGAAGACAGGAUUGAACUAUAAACCCGUACGGAAUUUACAGCCACCCAAAGGAUAUCACGCAUACUUACCUCGGCACGCACAUAUAUGGGGCAUAUUCUCUUAUCUGGAACAUAUUUGUGUGGAGUUACAACCACUAUCCUUCUAAUUAUGGGAUUUGGGAAGAUAAUUGCGCCCUGACGCACGGUGAACGAAGGCACUGUAACAUCCGGAAAGAGCUCCACAGCUGGCAGCCAGUCACUUGGGAAGGCGAGCCCUACAGUACUACAAUGAGUGAGUGACAACAGAAAGAAGAUUUUGGAGCUUUACCCUCAUCCAAGAUGUUAUAGCUGUGGUAACAUGUGAAUCCUGAAGCAGAGUGUUAUCCGCUUUUACAUCUCUGAAGGCAUUGUGUCCAGGAGGGGUGGUAACCAUGGAGAGGCUGUUGCUCUGUGUGAUGCUGGCAGUUGCUAUGGCGGUGCGGGCACAGAUCUGCCCGAAGCGCUGCGUAUGUCAGAUCCUGUCACCCAACCUGGCAACCCUCUGUGCCAAGAAAGGUCUACUGUUUGUACCGCCGAACAUUGAUAGGCAUACAGUGGAGCUGCGGCUGGCUGACAACUUUGUCACAAGUGUGAAAAGGAAAGAUUUUGCAAACAUGACACGGCUGGUGGAUCUAACAUUAUCCAGAAACACAAUUUCCUACAUCACACCUCAUGCCUUUGCCGAUCUGGAAAACCUCAGAGCUCUACACCUCAACAGUAACCGACUGACGAGGAUAGGCAAUGAUACCUUCAGCGGGAUGUCAAAGCUUCACCACCUCAUUCUGAACAACAACCAGCUUGUGCUGAUCCACCAGGGAGCAUUCAAUGACCUGCUCGCACUUGAAGAACUGGACCUCAGCUACAAUAACCUGGAUUCUAUUCCUUGGGAGGCCAUCCAGAAAAUGAUCAGCCUCCAUACACUGAGUUUAGACCACAAUAUGUUGGACUUCAUUCCAGAGGGGACGUUUUCCCUCCUCCAGAAGCUCAACCGUCUGGACGUCACCUCUAAUAAACUGCAAAAGCUGCCACCGGAUCCACUUUUUCAACGAGCCCAGGUACUGGCCACGUCAGGGAUCAUGACCUCCUCUUCUUUUGCAUUGUCAUUCGGUGGUAACCCUCUCCACUGUAACUGUGAGCUACUAUGGCUGCGAAGGCUGAAUAGAGAGGAUGACCUGGAGACGUGCGCUUCACCCCAACACCUCUCUGGAAGAUACUUCUGGUCCAUUCCUGAGGAGGAGUUUCUCUGUGAACCUCCACUCAUCACCAGAUACUCCCAUGAGAUGAGGGUGCUUGAAGGGCAGAGAGUUGCACUCAGGUGUAAAGCAAGAGGUGAUCCAGAGCCAGCUAUUCACUGGAUCUCUCCUGAGGGCAAACUAGUAUCUAACUCCUCCAGAACAUUGGUCUACACCAAUGGGACUCUGGACAUCCUCAUCAGUACUGUGAAAGACACUGGCUCCUUUACCUGCAUCUCCUCCAACCCUGCUGGUGAAGCUCACCAGACAGUAGAACUGGUUAUUAUAAAACUCCCCCACAUCUCCAACAACACCAAUAACAUCCAGGAGCCCGAUCCAGGAUCAUCAGAUAUUUCCACGUCCCGAGGUGGAGCCAAUGGGAGCAACGUGACAAGUGAUGUGAAAGGAGGGGUGGAUAAAAGGGUGGUGACGGCUGAGGCCACGUCAUCGACAGCACUGAUCAAGUUCAACUUCCAGAGGAAUAUUCCCGGCAUUAGGAUGUUCCAGAUACAGUACAAUGGCAGCCAAGAUGACUCACUGGUUUACAGAAUGAUCCCCCCCUCAAGCAAGAACUUUCUGGUCAACAACCUCGCAGCUGGGACCCAAUAUGACCUCUGUGUACUGGCCAUCUACGAUGAUGUCAUCACCUCUCUGACAGCGACACGUGUAGUUGGCUGUGUGCAGUUCACCACCGAGUCAGAGUACAUGAGGUGUCAUUUUAUGCAGUCUCAGUUCCUCGGCGGGACUAUGAUCAUCAUCAUCGGAGGGAUAAUAGUGGCCUCUGUGCUCGUUUUCAUCAUCAUCCUAAUGAUACGGUACAAGGUGUGUAACCCUGGUGAGGGUAGUAAAGGUGUUUCACUGUCGAUGACCAACGUUCACUCACAGACCAAUGGGUCGCAGUCGCAGGGAUGCACUGUGACUCCCAGCGCCUCUAAACACGGCUCAAUCGGAUUAGACGACCUCUCAGGAGGCUCGAAGAAAAGGAGUGGAGCAGCAGGAGGAGGAGGAGGAGCAGGGGGCAAGGAUACGAUGACUCAGUCAUCCGACUCUUCCCUGCCUGACUGCUCCACGGCUACGUCAAUUCUCAGCCAGCCUUGGGCUGAGGAACGGGAGAAAGCAGGUGAAGAGAGAGCUCAAGCUGGCGUCUCGUCACCCACCACCGGUUCACUGACCAAGCCAAAGCGGAAGCCCGCUCCAAGUAAGCCAGGCUCGGCUUGCUCGAACACCUCGGCUACUCCCGAAAACCUCCUCGCCUCCUCCCCUCGCCCUCCUUCCUCCUCCUCCUCCUCCGCCGCCUCCUCUGCUCUCCUCCCCUGCUCCCCCCCUCUGGAGAAUCUCAACACCAACCGCAACAACUCCACCUCUCUCAACCAAACCCCACCACCCUAUGUCCCAUCCCCUUUCUCCAGCCCUCUUGGCACCCCGAGUCCCGUCCCCUCCAUCCGAUUUAGAGAGACGCCCAUCCUGCGCAGGGCUCCUCGCGGCUCCUCCUCCGCCAAGUACCAGACUCUCCCUGUGGAUGAGGGAGGGAGGAGCAGGGCGAGGAGGAGGUACUCGCUCAGCGAAGGAGGUGGCUCAAAGACUCACUCGUUCCAUCAGGGAGGAGGAGCGCCCAAAUUAGGGCGCAUAAUGCGGAACAAAAGGAGCCAAUCAAUGAGCGGGAUGCUUCUCCCGAAAGACGGGGAUGGAGACUCGGACAAAGGGCGGUGUGAGUCGGACUGGAUCUUAGAAAGCACGGUUUGAACUGGAACCAUACAGCAACCAUCAAAUAAACUUUGGUUUAUUCAUUAUUGUUCAUCUUUUGUAUGAGUGUGUGCCUGCGGUUAUGUGUGUGUGUGUUAGUUUGAAUUUGUUUAGAGGUGUGUGAGUGAAGCUAACAAACAAAGGUGUGUUUGUGACAUAUGACACAGUGUGUGUGUUGUGUGUUUUUUUGUGUGUAUGUGUGUGUUCAUGUUGGAACCUUUGUUUAUAGACAUGUGAGGUGAUGAUCAUGUGUUUCAGGGUGAAAGUGUGACUUUUUCUUUAUUGGCCUGACAUUUUUUCUAUUGUUUUCAUACUUUUCCUCCACAAUUCUGUAUUCAGUUUACAGUUAUUAUAAUUAUUAUUUUUUUCACUUUUACAGUUUCUUGUCAGUUUUUCAAUCUGUCAUUCAGUGAGUGGAUAACUCGCCUUGUCUCGUAGCGUCCUCAAGUUGUCUCGUUGGUUCCACUUUAUAGCACAAAAGAAAACAAGACAAUGGGCUCGCCACAUCAUUUCCCGAUUCACGAUCACCUGAAAAUACCACGGAAAGGGAAAUAUUACAGGAAAAAAAAAAAGAGGAAUAAAAAAAGAUUACAAGAACUGAAAAGCACAGCAUUCUUACACUCACAGGCCCACAGGAAGUGUGUGUCCAUACCGUGGCAAGAGAACAGCAGUCGGUGCCUUCUUUUGCACUAACAGACCCUCUGACAGAUGAUAUAACUGGAUCUAGGACUCAGCCACACUCCACAAACGAGGGAUUAAGACGAAGAGGACAAACAAAGGAAGAGAAAGAUUUCACACAUAGCCUUUCUUACCUACUGAUGAGUACAGACAGUUUCUUGACAUGUAGACAGACAAAAACGGAGACAAAAAGUAACAAAAUGACAAAGACUUUAACGUACCUCUUAUGAAAUUGAUAUUUUUUAAAGGGAAGAAUAAAAAAAACAAAAAAAAGAACAUUAAAACCCUGUGAGCUUUUCACUGACAUUGGUACACUACAGCCUGUGUUGGUCACAAGCUCCCGGGAAGCUUCUGUACAGAAAAGACAACAUGUACAGUGUUGUUAUGUUGUGUAAAAUAAAAAAAGGAACAAAAUGAAAA